AUGGGGAGUAGGAAUAACACAAAUGUGCUGGACUUCAUCCUUAUGGGAUUGACAGAUUAUGAAGACAUCCAGUGGGUCCUCGUUAUGCUAUUUCUCCUGAUAUAUCUAAUAACUGUGCUGGGAAAUGCAGGGAUGAUACUGAUAAUUCACCUGGAUCUCCUGCUUCACACACCCAUGUACUUUUUCCUCAGUCACCUGUCAUUCAUUGACCUCAGUUACUCAACAGUCAUCAUCCCUAAAACCUUAGAGAAUUUACUGACUUCCAACAAGUAUAUUUCAUUCACAGGCUGCUUCACCCAGAUAUCUUUUUUUUUCUUCUUGCUUGUCACUGAAUUUUUCCUUCUCUCUUCAAUGGCCUAUGACCGCUAUGUAGCUAUCUGUAACCCUCUAAACUACCAGGUUGUUAUGUCCACGAGACUCUGCCACGCCCUCAUCACUGGGUCCUACAUUAUGGUUUUUUUUGAAUCAUUAGUUAUUGUUCUUUACAUGAAAAGCUUGCGUUUCUGCAAAUCCAAUGUUAUCUAUCACUUUUUCUGUGACUUAAUGCCAAUGUUAGUCCUGUCCUGCACUAACACUCAUGACACUGAAAUCAUGAUAUUCGUUCUCGCUGCUUUAAACGUAGUGAUGUCUCUUAUCACAAUCUCUAUAUCCUACAGAUCCAUUCUGUCUACUAUCCUGAAAAUUAAUUCUACUUCAGGAAAGCACAAAGCCUUCUCUACUUGUGCCUCCCACCUCCUGGGAAUCACUGUCUUUUACAUCACUACAGUUUUUACUUAUUUAAAACCAAAGCUGUCCUACUCCUUGGGAAAGGAUCAAGAGGCCUCUGUGUUUUAUACUAUGGUGGUGCCCAUGCUGAAUCCAUUCAUUUAUAGUCUUAGGAACAAAGAAGUGAAAAAUGCUCUCAUUAGAUUAAUGCAGAAGAGAGACAGCUCCAGGCAAUUGAAAUGA